AUGGCCCAAGACGAUAAUAUCGAUAUGGCUGUGUCGCCCUAUCAAACAGCAGAAGAUCUUGACAUCGAUUUCGACCACAUGGAAGACCAGUACCAAGCGCCUGAGGACGACGCGAUGAACGAUUAUCAGAUAGGUGAAGACCAAGCCGACAACGUUAUGGAUGAGCAAGAGCCGGCUCCUCUCAACGACGACGACAUGCUCGAAGAUGAUCAUCAAGACUAUGAUCACAACGGCGAAGAGACUGACAUUGGAGUCUCUGCCGCGGUCGAUCAAGAGACAGUGCAAGAGCUAGUAGAUGACGAAGAUAUCCUGUACGACGAGGAACCUGAGGACGAUCCGAAUGAACCACUAACAGAAAACGCCGAAAAGGCUACCGAUACCUACGAUUUCGCACUGGACCAGGACGACACACACGAGAUCGCCGAUACUACAACACAUCAAGACGCCGAGCAGGACCAAACAGAACAGUCUGUCUCAGCACCACGAGAAGAACCGAACACUACAAACCUCGAGCACGAAGAAGAGCCGCAAGCUGAUCCAACAGACGCCUCGCAGAGCAAAGGUGAGGACAAAGCCGCAGAGUCUGCCAACACAGUUGCUGAAGUCAACGAAGGUCCUCUUCUUGACCUUGCAGCAAUCGAGGACUCAGCGGUAGAGAGUGCGCUUCGUUCGAUUCGAGUAUUUUGGGAUAAUGCAGAAUGGACGUUAUUCUCUACACAGCAAGACGCAACCGACUGCUUCUUCCGCGAUACUUCGUACGCCUACGAACCGAUGGACAAGUUCCUUGAGGCUUGUCGACACGUGAUUCCUGGAGAUGACCUUGGUCAGCACGACGAACUCACCUUCAUCAUCGAAGAACUUGGUCUCAGCAUCUGCGAGGACUCCAAGUAUGCUCCCGCUCUGACUCUUGCACACAUCAUUGAACUUUACCUCACGUUGCACCGGAAUGGAUCGCAAGCAAAUGUCACAGUAAUUCCUUGCGUCUUGCAAAGUCGAACGUGCUUACAGACUUACUAUGCCGGUUUGCUGCAGAAGGCCAUGGACGGAAAACAGCUGGCAGAGGUGGUCGCCGAUGUGAUCGACUCAUCCUCGGACGAAGGUGUCGACCUUGGACCAGAUGGUGCCGUCGACGCUGAUGACCACGAUGACCUCCUCGAUGAUCCGACGGGCGCCGAUGACGCUGACGACGCUGCUGAAGUCGACCCUGAAGCUGAGCAACAGCAAGACCAUGCAGAGACUACUACUAAAACGCACAAUGAGGAGCAGACCGUCGAAGGUGCCGCUCACAACGAAGCACAAGCUGACGUCGACGAGCAAGAAGAACUCCAUCCUGGUGAGAACGAUCUUUUGGACGUCUUUGAUGAAGAGGAAGGCAACGAACCUGCCGAUGACGAGACCGCGGCCGGAGACGGUCACGAUGUCACUGAAGAACUUGUAGAUGACAGCUCAUCCGCAUUCAAAGCAGAGCCUGCGCAAUCCGAGACUGCUCAAAUGUUCGCAGCUACGCCCAAGCCGUUCGAUACUUUAGGACAAGGCUCACAAGCAGCAGCAACUCCGGCAUUGUAUGAGGAUCCAGGAGCGCCUGCGCCUGUCUCUGACUUUGAUUCUUACAAUGAAGGCGAGGAAUUGCUUCGCCUGCGUCAAGAAGAAUUCGCCGCACAGCAGUCCGAGCUAGAGCCUCAAAUCUCGUUCGGUGCCACCAAUGGUGCCAAAGAAGCCGAGUGGAAGAUCGAAGAGCUUGAACAUGAACACGAGCAAUUUGAAGAUGAGAUUCUGAUGCCUGCCUUCAAUGAUCAAGUUGCAGUCGAAGAGGAACAGCCUGAAGACGAGCUUCUUGAUUUCCUAGCCCCAACAACCCCUCAGAAAGGCUCCGCUAAGAAACGGAAAGCUGUCCAGGAGGAGGAUGACUUUGAUUUGAGCGCUUUUGAUACUCCAGGUCCAAAGCGUCGUCGGCCGUCGUGA